AACCAUGCAUGGUGACAUUGACGCAUACUACUUAAAAAUAGAUUGUGAACUUCCGCACUGAAAUUACAUUAAAUUUAACAUUAAAGUUACUAAAUCUGAGCUAAACAGAGAAAAGGGGAUUAAUAAAAAGGGAUCUGCAGUAAAGACACAAGCUAGAUAUACACUCCCAAUUUAUAUUCUGUACUUAUUCUUAACUGUAUGAAGAACGAUGACACAAGUCGACGUGACGACAACGACUGAUCUGACUGGGGAAGGUCGAAUGAUCCAGAAUCAGUUAGAGUUGAUGAGUGAAGUUACGAUGUUGUCACAACGACUGGAAGCUCUUGAGAAUGGACAACAAACAUUGAUGAAAGGUCAGGAAUACAUCGUCCGAACAUUGAACCAGGUGAUGAAAAAACUAACUGCGGAGAAAAGAAAUAAGAAACCACCGGCCCAAAAACCUUUACCUUCAAAACGGAAAUCUACAUGGCCGAGCGACGUAUCAACAUUAUUGCAUCUACCACAGGCUUUGCAAAAGAACAUCAAUAAAUUUACUGAUAAUGUUUUGUUCAAAACUACAAAUAUUCCUGACGAACUUAUAGCUUCCGAAUGUUUAAGUGAGGACGAAUGUAGUCACAUCACUUCUAAAACAACUUAUAAAGAACAGGUUCGGCUGCUGGUUCGUAAAAUAAAAUCUCGUGGUCCGCAGGUUAUUGAAAAAUUCCUUGAAAUUGUGGGAAAAGACCAUCCCGAUCUAUCGCAAGAAGUACAUAAAACUCUGGAAGCUAUUGUCAAUGAAAGUAAGCAAAAACCAGUCUGUGUAAUUUGUGUUAUGAGGCUUACCGUAGAUUUAAAAGAUGUCGUAGAUGACCUCUGGUCAGCGGAAAUCAUAUCAGAUGACGUUUAUGGCGAUAUUCUUGAUUGCGAAAGUAUACAUGAAAAUAGAAACAUUCUCUGGGAUAAUAUAAUAAACUCUAUAAAUAACUCGGAAGAACCUAAUCGCUCUUUAGAUAUUCUUGUCCACGCGUUAGAAUCAAAAUAUAAACACAUUGUUGAAUAUUUGAGGGAAACACCGGAAAGGCCGACAUUGAAUUGCUCGUGUUGUAAGAGACGGAAAGUACGUUCAAGGGCAACUUGCUCUGAUAUUGGCAGUCUUACAGAUUUAAGCACUACAUCUGAAGUACGGAAAAUUAAACUACCAAAAACGGUUUUUAUGGCAGGAGAAUAUUCUUCAGAGGAAAGUGGAUCUGUUUGUAGUUCCCAGGAAGUGCAAAGCGGUUCAUUUAGGGGAAUCUCAUUUGAUUAUUUAGAAAGAUACGAAAGUAUAGGUAGUGGUUCUGAUGUGUUUUCACAAAACUUAGAAAUACAAAAUCCAACAGUAUCAAGUACUACGGAUGACACUAACAAUAAUGUAAGAGAUCGUAACAGGCAUUCAUCAGGUCAUUUUGUUCCACGUGAUCAAAGUUUUGACAUAGCAGAUUAUGAUGAACAUAACCGCAGUCUUCCGUUGUUUUCAGAACCGCCUGUAAACACACAGAAAGUUUAUGCAGACGGAGACAAAGAGCGACCUGAACUGAUGCAUAGUACAAGUAUACACAGCAAUGUGACUAUCUGUGGUACUCGUUCUACAGGAUCAGGGGAGGUAGAUCGUGGUCUCCAACUGCUAACUGAUGAAAAUCAAAAUAAACGUUCAUCUUUGUCAACAGAUUGUGCAAGUCCUGACGGAAAUCAAAUUCAAACGCAAAAUGUAGAGUUUCCUUACGAUAACGGAAACGAAUCAACAAAAGAAACAGAAAAAGAGAGUGACGCCGAAAGUCCUCUAUUCCUGCGACAAAAAGCUUACAGGCGCAGAAGGCAAAGGUCGUCUAGUGAAACCGGCGUCGCCGAUGACGAGGAAGAUCAAUAUCAAAACUCAUCGUCAUACAUAGAUCGUGCAAGACAGCGUAGGUACCAACGGAAACGGUUCGCAAGACAAAAAAGUGUUCCCCACGGAGAUAUAACACUGAUCACAAGCCCACGUCCAAAAUCAGACCAGGCAAUGUCCAAUAUUGGCGUAAGAGCACAGGAAUCUAGAAAAAGUAAACAAAGCAUUAAGCGAGAAAUACGCCGGCUACGGUCUCAGAGUAAAGAAUAUGAAAACGAAAUUCAAAUCAGUGUCACAAGUCCCUCUGGACAAGAAGACAAAGGUUUAAAGAAACCAUUCAACCCUUUAUGGGGCAAGGACUUUACGCAACCAAAGUUGUCGCCGAAUUGGGAUCACAAUCAAGCAAAGCGUUAUUGGCAGAUGGCACAGCUCUAUGCAACUUCUUCUAGAGCACUACAGAAUAAGUCGGAUACGGAUCUAAGGGCUGGAGAUUUGAGUGAUACGAUGGCAUUCAGUGAUUUUACAACUUAAGAGACGCGUAUAAAUAGCAAGUCAGCUGCUUGAUUUACUUUCUGUACCAUUUUCUGAUCAAUUGUUAUAAAAUAUGUGUACACAUGUAUCUAUUUUUUAUAUAAUUUUUACUUGGCAACAUGAUUUGAUUAUCUAUACUCUAUGCAUACACUGGCAUUGUUUUUUCAAUUCAUAUAAAACAUUUUUAUACUUUUGUACAUGUAUCUAUUUUUUUUAUAUAUUUUUUACUUGGCAACAUGAUUUGAUUAUCUAUACUCUAUGCAUACACUGGCAUUGUUUUUUCAAUUCAUAUAACACAUUUUUAUACUUUUGUACAUUUAAUUCUUUGUGAACUGUUUCUUAUACAAAAUGUAUUCAUAAAAAAUAUGUUAGA